AUGACAACAAAGCAAUCGCCCUUCCUCCGCUUGCCACCAGAACUCCGCCUCCAGAUCUACGAGUGCGUCCUGGACAUCCCAACUCCCUAUACAAGCCUAACCGAUCACAAGAAACCCCUGAUAGUGAUCAACGACACCGGGAACAAAUUCACCAACCGCUCAAUCUACCGCUCUCUACACUUUUCCCCAAAAUGGGUCGGAAUUGGCGACGAUGACCUCUCCCUCCUCUCCGUCAACCGCCAAAUCCAUGCUGAGGUCGAAAACUUCCUCUACACCUCUCACACCCUAUUCUUCCUCAACGGAUUCGACCUCGACCAUCUAGGCGACUUCCUCGACACACUCAGUCCCACCGCUCGUCGGUGCACGCGGUCGAUAGGGUUCGAGGUGUACCUAUUCGUUCAUAAUAGCAACUCAUCCGGGAGUAGUAUCCCGAAACGGAGUUUCCGGCAGUACGAGCGAGCCGCGAAGGUGAUGAGGGAGAAGCUGCCGAAUCUCAGGGGCGUGGUGUUUUAUAUGGAUCCCUGGUUUUCGGCCUGUUGUGACGACGCUGUGUUUGGGCCUUGGUGUGAUGAGCGCAGUGUUUUGGCGAGGGGGGUGGGGUUUCUAGUCCGGGCUUUUGGGGGGGUCAAGGUGAAGGGAGGGUUGGGGGUGGAGAUGGACUUGGACUUCUUACCGGCGACUAUGGGAUUACUUGAGCUUGAGAAGGGUGCUCAUGCAUAUGAUACUGGUCCAAAGAGCUUGGUUAAGGUCAGGUGA